GUGAUUUGCUUUGAAUUUGGAGAGAGGUAUUUUCCAGUUCCGUUUUGACGGAUCGUCAGCAGCCACUGCUCUUGUGGGAAGCGUGAAUCGAGAGCGUUUCCACGGGGGAAUUAGCCGCCACUCCUCCCACGAACUCAAGCUGGAAUUUCCGCUUUGUUCACAAGACUGCAUAACCCUAGACAGGAACAAUGCGUGAAGCCAUAUCCAUUCACAUCGGCCAGGCCGGUGUCCAGAUGGGCAAUGCCUGCUGGGAGCUGUACUGCCUGGAGCACGGCAUCGAACCAGACGGGGUCAUACCAAACCGGCCCGAGGGAACCAGCGCCACCUUUCAGACUUUCUUCAGCGAGACCGGGGGAAGGAAGUUCGUUCCACGUGUAGUCUUUGUGGAUCUUGAACCAUCAGUUAUAGAUGAGGUUCGAACUGGCAAGUACCGCCAGCUCUUCCACCCUGAGCAGCUGAUCACAGGCAAAGAGGAUGCCGCCAACAACUACGCCAGAGGUCACUACACCGUCGGCAAGGAGCACAUUGACCUCGUCUUGGACAGAAUCCGUAAACUGGCUGAGAACUGCCAGGGUCUUCAAGGUUUUCUUGUCUUUCGGAGUUUCGGGGGAGGCACUGGUUCCGGUUUCUCGUCCCUCUUGAUGGAACGUCUUUUGACUGAAUACGGUAGUAAGUCCAAGCUGGAGUUUGCCAUCUACCCUGCUCCCCAGAUCUCCACAGCUGUCGUAGAGCCUUACAAUGCUAUCCUGACCACACACACUACACUGGAACACACAGACUGUGCCUUCAUGGUCGACAACGAAGCCAUCUACGACAUCUGCCGUCGCAACCUCGACAUCCAGAGGCCUACUUACUCGAAUCUGAACCGACUCAUCGCCCAGGUUGUGUCCUCCAUCACGGCAUCUCUGCGCUUCGAGGGGUCUUUGAACAUUGACCUGAUUGAGUUUCAGACUAACUUGGUGCCCUACCCCCGCAUCCACUUCCCUCUUGCCUCCUACGCACCAGUCGUCUCUGCUGAGAAGGCCUACCAUGAACAGAUGACGGUUGCUGAGAUCACCAAUGCCUGCUUCGAACCGGCCAACCAGAUGGUGAAGUGUGACCCUCGCAAGGGUAAAUACAUGGCCUGCUGCAUGAUGUACCGCGGUGAUGUCGUGUCGAAAGACAUCAUGGCGGCCAUCGCAACCAUCAAGACCAAGCGUACGAUCCAGUUCGUCGAGUGGUGCCCAACUGGCUUCAAGGUGGGCAUCAACUACCAACCGUCUACUGCAGUGCCAGGUGGUGAUCUGGCCAAGGUGCAGCGUGCCGUCUGCAUGCUGAGCAACACCACCGCCAUCGCUGAGGCCUGGGCUCGUCUGAAUCAAAAGUUUGAUCUGAUGUACUCCAAGCGUGCCUUCGUCCACUGGUACGUUGGGGAAGGGAUGGAAGAAAGUGAAUUUUACGAGGCUCGGUACGAUCUUGCAACUCUAGAGAAGGACUACGAAGAAGUCGUCAGUGACUUUACUAAUGGAGACGUUGAAGAUGAGGAAUCGCUAGAGGAAUACUGACACAUCGUGUUUGUACAAAAACACUUUAAAGGGGCACUCUCGUUCUGAUCACGGCGAGGUUGUGGCCAGACGUUGAACUCUGAACUUACACUCAGUUACCUGUGCCAAUUUAUUGAAUCUCUUAUUGUUUUACUAUCUCCCCCCCCCCCCAAUUUCAACUCGUAUUGGUCUUUCUGCUUUCUUUUGACAAUUAAAGGGUCGAUUUACUUUUUCAAAGGGUUUAUGUACUUUUUAAAGGGUUCAUGUAUUUUUUUUUCCAACAGGAAACACAAUGUUCACGGAUUUACGUUGAGCUUGCACGGCGGUUUGGGGAUGGUGGAGGGCUUCCCUUGGUGGAGGGCUUCCCUUGGAAUGGUGCUUGCUGGGGUGGUGUGGUUUUUGGGCGACGGGUGAAGCAAUGUCGCGCCGUUAAUUUUCGUUUCAGUUUUGGCGUGAUGGGGCGUAUUGGCCAGUUAUGGUGUGUUAUGGUAUAAUACCAUGGCUGGUUGAUGGUUUCUUUGCAUGCUAAAAUAAUUUUCAUCUCACUGGGACGAAGAUUGCUUUGUUACUUGUUUUGCUCAUUUCUCAGGGGCUGCAGCGCCUCAGUAGGUGGUAUUUCGGGGGGAGGCUUUCUACUGUAAUUGUCUUCAGACCCUGUAGGUUUGGUGUGAAUCUGUGGACAUUUUUAAAAAAGUACCUGAAUCCUUUAAGAGCCUUAGUUUUAUUGUGGUAUGUUUUAUACGGUAGUUCUUGUGUAUAUAUUGUUUGUGUAAUUGCUUUUUACUUGCCAUCUUUUGUUAUAAUUGUUACUGCAAUUUUAGAGUGUUUUAUGUAUAGUAUAUAAAUGUGUACUGUUUAUGAUCUAGGUCUGGGAGGGCACAUCUUUUUGAUGAAAGUUUUUUGACGUUUACCCUUCCCUGCUUGUUUUAUUGUUUGUCCGAAGAAUUAAAAAAAAAUAAAUAACAUAAAUAAGCACAAAACUUUGCUUAUAGCUUUAAAUGGUUUCCUUGAUAAAAAAAAGACUACCAGCCAAAUUUAUAUCUAACUUGAAUAACACCUUGUUUGGGUUUUUACAGAAAUUCUUGUCUCGUCUUGCUUGUUUGAAUUACAGUGUCAACUUGUUUGUUCACACAGUCCCAGUAACAAAACAUUUUGGGACAUUAAUUUGUGACUUCGUCUCAUUCUCAUUAAAGUGGCCGAGUCCAGCAACAUGUUACCAUUGCAAAUGUGGUUUCAUUUUAAAGAGGAACACUUCAGCUUUGCAUUGAUAAUAUAACAUAUACAAAGAGAGUAAUAAAUAAUAAAAAAUGGUAGCCUACGGCGUAGGGUCCGGGCCCGUUUAAGGGCUCCGGAUUUUUUUUUUUUGCAUUAUUAUAGAUGCUAUGUUAGUGCAAUGAAAUGCCAAUUAGACGCAUGAUUGAUGAAGGAAAAAAAAAAAAGAAAAAAAAAAACCAUCAAAUUUUGAGCUGUAGAAUUUGGGGCUUGUGGAUUUAGGCAAUACUUUUAUUUUAAGUGCAGUAUCAGUUCAAGAAAUGAAUUAAUUACACCAGGAAUGGCCCGUUGCCUCCCCCUAACCAAUAUCCACCCUUGAACAUAAUUAAUGACUCGACUCCCAAGAUGGUGGGAAUGGUAAACGCAAACUGUAUAAUCGUUAAUUUGGUUGUAUUUAGGGAAGAGACACGCUUGGUAAUUACUCGAAACAAAUAUUAACUUUCAAACUGACUUGGUAACGAGCAUUGGAGAG